AUGACCAAUCAGCCUUCAACCCAAGGUCCUGUUGUUGGUCGAGUACCAAACAUCAAUGACAAUUUACCAUUGGUCAGCACCGAUCUCAGCAUAAUCACAAGCGAUGGCACCGGAAGAUACCCUACGCACAUGACCAGACCAGACCAUCAGCACGUUCUCGACUACCUCACCCAGAUCUUCAAUUUAAGCGACCUAGGCCAGGGCGUGUACAACAUCAGUUUCACAGGCGCUCUUCCUCAAGGUUACGCGGCAUUCAGCUACCGAAGUUCUAGUGGACACGCUCUGAUCGAGAUUUGGGGACAUCCCAGCGGCCGCCCAUUCGCAACCCUUCAGAACUUUUCCAUACAUGCGUUGAGCAUAAUGACUAGCAAUCUUGUUAGUUGCAGAUGCCCACUCUGCAACCUCUAUCGUCCGGCGUCUGCAAGAUCUCCCUGCACAGAUUCCGCAGACACUCCUGAUAUGGCUCCCAAGGACUCUCCCAAUACAGCUUGA